CGGGCAAGGAAAUUCACGGAACGAACUGACUUGAGCAAGCCUUGAUUGAAGAUGUUUGGCUGGUUAACCGUUUACCAGCCACUGCAGCAAAUCGCUGUAGAGCAAUCUGACGUUCGCGUCAGACUUGCAGCGAAUAUUCCCCGGAGUCUUCUAAUCAACAGCCUUUCGAAGGAACCUCAGCAGCGGCCCAAACAGAUAUCCCUUGCCGUCUGCGGGCGAGAUUCGCGACUUGAGGGUCACCCGACACUCAGUAGCCCCGACGGCGGCAUUGGUGAGUUGCCACAUCAGCAAGCCACGUCAGCGGACCACGUCAGCAGGACACGUCAGCCGACAGCAGUGCCACGUCAGCAGCAGGGAGUACCAGGUCAGCAGGCUCCCGACGUGGUCUAUGCUUUUGCACUCGCAAACAACUGUCAUGAACCAGAAGUUCGGGGAAAGGCCUAUCAAGCUCGGAUGCUGGCCCGGAGUACCGAAACCAAGAAACGGGCGGAUGACGUAGCAACCGCAGCGAUGAAGAAGGUAGAGGAGGCCGAGAAGGCAUGUCUACUGGCAAUUGAACAGCAGCGCCAAAACGACGAGGCAGCAACAAAGGCUGCUGAUGAAGAACGGGUUCAACGCCGUGAGAAGAUAUUUAGCGGAGAGCAAGUGUUGCUCACAAUGGCAGCGGAUUGGCGGGCCGAGGCCGAGAAUGGCAAGAUAAAAGAUAGCGUAAACAAGAUCGCUCUACUCUCCCAUCUCACGGACCUCCUGGCAACAUGCAUUACACAGCAGGAGGACAUCCACAACCUCAAUGACGCGCUGACUCAAGUCCAGGGCGGCCUCCGGCAACUGGAGCAGCGACCUGUCGCCGCCCCCGAUGCCAGAUCUUCCAACACCUCUGAUCGCCUCGAGGCAUUGGAGAUGGACGUCGGCUCCCUCAAGGACGGCGUGCAGCUACAGCAAACCACAACGGAACAGUUGGAGCAGCGGAUCUGUACUGCCGCCAACAACUCGAGUUCGGAACCGCGCGAGACAACUCCAAAGUUCGACGGGCAGGAGCUCUUCUGCAACUCGAUGAAGACAGAUCCGAUUCCAUGGUUCCGCAAGUUCGAGCUCACGGUGCAGCUACACUACGUCAAAGAACACAAGCACCACGCGUACUUAUACUCCCGUUCGGGGGGCGUGUGCCAAGCAUGGUUGGACAAUCUCUUAUCCGAGUACGGAGUGGUAGCUGCUGACUUGCAUACCAAGAUCAGCUGGGAUGAUCUGAAGGCGGCGUGGCAUAAACCCUUCCAAGUAGAUCCGUCGGUGAUCAAGGCAAUGGACAAGCUAAUGGUCUUUGAACAAGGCAUGCUGCCGAGUGUGGACUGGAUUGCCAAGUACCAACGCUUGACAUCCAUGCGGUAUGGGCAUUUUGAGUGGGUGGUCAUGCCUUUUGGCCUCACCAACGCCCCGACGACCUUUCAAGCGGCAAUGACCAACGAGUUUCGUGCAAUGUUGGACCGGUUCGUGCUGGUUUACUUUGACGAUAUUCUCGUCUGUAGCCGGACAUUGGAGGAUCAUCUUGGGCAUCUUCGACGAGUGUUGGAGACGCUCCGCCUUGCCAAGUACAAGGCCAACCGCGACAAGUGCGAAUUUGUCCGACAAGAGUUGGAAUACUUGGGCCAUUUUGUCACACCGGAGGGCAUUAGUCCACUAUCAGUCAAGAUUCAAGCCAUCCAAGAGUGGCCGGAGCCAUGGAACGUCACGGAUGUCCAUUCAUUCCUUGGCCUCGCCGGCUACUACCAUCGUUUCAUCAAGGGCUACUCAAAGAUCGCGGCCCAGUUGACCAAGCUUCAAUGCGAGGAUCAACUGUUUGACUUCGGAGAGGAUGUGCGCGAAUCGUUUUUGACUCUCGAAGUCGUGCUAUUAUAUGCUGAGUUCUUGUGCAUAUACGACCCGCUUUUGCCUACGCGCGUCACUACGGAUGCGUCCGGCUAUGGCAUUGGUGCCGUCCUCGAGCAACAUGAUGGCGUGGAUUGGCACCCGGUCGAGUAUUUCAGCAAGAAAGUGCUCGUCGUGCAUUCCAUUGACGAUGCACGCAUGGAGCUCCUCGCCUUCGUCCACACGCUCAAGCGGUGGCGGCACUUCCUCCUUGGUCGAAGCCAAUUCCGAUGGGUAACGGACAACAAUCCGUUGGUCUUUUACAAAACCCAAGACACCGUCAGCAACACCAUCGUUCGAUGGAUGGCUUUCAUUGACCAGUUCGACUUCUUUUCCGAUCACAUUGUGGGGAAGUCGAACCGUUUUGUGGAUGCUCUUUCACGACGUCCGGAUCAUUGUACUGCGGUCUACUCAACCUUCGAGAUCGACAACGACGUGUGGGACGCGGCUACCAAGCCAACCCCGAGUUUCGUGACAACAAUGGCGCUCAUCUCUCAAGCCCAGUUCAGCUUGCCACCCCAGACCGAUGGCCAAACGGAGAGGGCGCACCAAACUGCACAGGUUCUCCUUCCCACUCUCAUCCGUCCUAACCAGAAGGAUUGGGUUGAGCAGCUGCCGGAUGUCGAGCUGGCCUACAACUCCAUCCACCCGGCUAUUGGGAUGUCGCCCUUCGAAUUCGAGCACGGCUCGUCGGUCACUUCUCCAUUGGACACCAUCAUUCCACGAGCGACCGAGAGCGACGACCAUCUUCUGUUCUUACGUCGGAUGCAAGAGCUUCUUAUCAAGGCACGCGACCAGAUGGCUAAGACGCAGCAACGCAUGAUCCAGCAGGCCAAUCGCCAACGUCUCCCUUGCCCAUUUCGCGCCUACGACCUCGUUUGGGUUUCGGCUGCGGAAUUCAGCCUUGAACAAGAUAUCUCUCGCAUGCUCCUGCCGAAAUGGAUGGGGCCCUGGCCGAUCGUGGCACCCGCUAGGGAUGCACCCGAGGGACCUUCCUUCACUAUUCAGGUGCCCGCCCACUUGCCUGUCUACCCGGUCUUUCAUUGCUCCACGUUGGCUCUUUACACGCGAGCGGAACAUGACGAUUUUCCCGGGCGACGAUCGCAAGACCCACCCUCUAUGGACGAUUUUCAAGAGUUCGGCGACAUCAUCUCCCAGCGACGCUACGGCAACGGGCCAAUCGAGUACUUGGUACAUUUUGCAUACUGCACACACCGAGCUGACCGUUGGUUGACCGGUGCGGAACUUCAAGCAACAGCUCCAGACGUUUUCGCACGCUACGAACGCAAGAUGCAAGGCAAGCCGGUUUCUUCGGCUCCACGCCUCGCCCUCGUCCAGGUUCCACCUUCAAAUCGUCAGCUUCACCCUCGCCCUACUUGACUUCAUAAGGAGGGGGGGGUGUUACAUGUUGCGCUUGCACACGAG